AUGCAUACCGAGGGAACCAUCUACCAAAUAUUUAGACAGAGGUCGAAAAUCGGUUGGUUGGUGGCAGAGGCAAAGAAGGCAAAUUACGGACCAAAGCGAAGACGACGUCAGCGCAAGCUGGUCUGCAGUUCCUCGUGGGUCGUGUGCACCGUAUGUUGCGUCGUGUCAACUAUACGGAGCGUGUGGGUGGGUGCUGGAGCACCGGUCUACUUGGCUGCUGUGCUCGAGUACCUGGCUGACGAAGUGCUGGAGUUGGCGGGUAACGCAGCACGCGACAAGAAGACGCGAAUUAUUCCUCGUCACCUGCAGUUGGCUAUCCACAAUGGCGAAGAGUUGAACAAGCUGUUGGGCGGUGUGACCAUCGCGCAAAGAGGUUUGCUGCCCAACAUCCAGGAGGUGCUGCUGCCGAAGAAGACGGAGAAACCGGUGGUCAGCAAGGAGUAA